CGCUCGAGGGAUAGAAGCGAGCUGGGCAGUCAGGGGCCGCGGCCAUGCUGACGUCAGGGCAGCCGGCGCUCAGCUCCGCUCGCUGCCACAGUGUAGAGACCUCCCGGAGGGAGGGGGACAGCCUCGCGCUGGGAUUGGCUGUCCUCGCGCGAGCGCCGGCGCGGAGUGGCUGGCGAGGUUUUAGAGGGAGUCCCGCUCUCCAAUUAAAGCGGCCCAGCUGCGCCUAGCUGCACGCAGAGCUCCCUCCCAGGCCCGCGAACUUGGCCAUUCAGCCGCCGCUGUCCCCGCUGCGCGCCCUCGCGCCUCUGCCUGAGAAGCCAGGCGCUGUUCCACCACCCUAGAAGAGGAUGGCAAAGGUGGCUAAGGACCUCAACCCAGGAGUUAAAAAGAUGUCGCUGGGCCAGCUGCAGUCAGCAAGAGGUGUGGCAUGUUUGGGAUGCAAGGGGACAUGUUCGGGCUUCGAGCCACAUUCAUGGAGGAAAAUAUGCAAGUCUUGCAAAUGCAGCCAAGAGGACCACUGCCUAACCUCCGACCUAGAAGACGAUCGGAAAAUUGGCCGCUUGCUGAUGGACUCCAAGUAUUCCACCCUCACUGCUCGGGUGAAAGGCGGUGACGGCAUCCGGAUUUACAAGAGGAACCGGAUGAUCAUGACCAACCCUAUUGCCACUGGGAAAGAUCCCACUUUUGACACCAUCACCUACGAGUGGGCUCCCCCUGGAGUCACCCAGAAACUGGGACUGCAGUACAUGGAGCUCAUCCCCAAGGAGAAGCAGCCAGUGACAGGCACAGAGGGCGCCUUUUACCGCCGCCGCCAGCUCAUGCACCAGCUCCCCAUCUAUGACCAGGAUCCCUCGCGCUGCCGUGGACUUUUGGAGAAUGAGUUGAAACUGAUGGAAGAAUUUGUCAAGCAAUAUAAGAGCGAGGCCCUCGGCGUGGGAGAAGUGGCCCUCCCAGGGCAGGGUGGCUUGCCCAAGGAGGAGGGGAAGCAACAGGAAAAGCCAGAGGGGGCAGAGACCACUGCCGCUACCACCAAUGGCAGCCUCAGUGACCCGUCCAAAGAAGUGGAAUACGUCUGCGAGCUCUGCAAGGGAGUGGCCCCUCCUGACAGCCCCGUGGUCUACUCGGACAGGGCAGGCUACAACAAGCAGUGGCACCCCACCUGCUUUGUGUGUGCCAAGUGCUCCGAGCCGCUGGUGGACCUCAUCUACUUCUGGAAGGAUGGUGCACCCUGGUGCGGCCGCCAUUACUGCGAGAGUCUGCGGCCUCGGUGCUCCGGCUGCGAUGAGAUAAUAUUCGCUGAGGACUACCAGCGUGUGGAAGAUCUGGCCUGGCACCGAAAGCACUUUGUCUGUGAGGGUUGUGAGCAGCUGCUGAGCGGCCGGGCAUACAUCGUCACCAAGGGUCAGCUUCUGUGCCCAACUUGCAGCAAGUCCAAACGCUCCUGAAGGGCUGCCCACCCGCAGCCAGAAUCCACAGGAUCCCACCGAAAAGGAGAGCCAGGUGUGCCGAGACCAUCCUAAGGGUCUGACGUGACAGCAAGCAAGUGAAAUAAACAAUGAUUUGCUUUUCAGUGAGAAUAUAUAUAUGAGAUAGAUAUAUAUAUAUAUAUUCUAGGUUGGGUGGUGGUAGAUCCUUGAGGGUCAGUAGUUUCAAACCAAAAAUAUUCUAAGAAGUCUUAGGAUGGAGUUCCUUUUCUUUCUGUUGUUGUUUCCCAGCUACAACCAACUAAAGACACAAAUGGCAUUCUGCAAGGGGACUCUGGGAGGAGUUUUCCGGAAUGCAAUUCCGAGUGAGGAAAUCGCAUAGCUGUAGAAUGUGCGUGCUUUUUUGUGGACACAGGAGCUCCUCCAGGAGCAGGCUGGGAUCCCAACUAUCGCUUGUUGCCUCUUUUUCAAGUGGAAUUUGAAUUUUAAAUAAACAACUUUUUUUGGCAUGAUAAACAGAUCAAUAAAAGUUUUGUGAAUUCCA